UCGAAAUCCUCUCCACGUCCGGCGAGAAGAACGAGCUGAAAUGGGAGGUGCGCACGUUCUACGACACGGAAACGUGGAGCGAAGAAACCUACUCCGGCGUCUCCAACUCGAACGAGCGCGCCUACGUCUCCUGCAACCUCGAUGAGCAAUUUGUCGACAACUGGCUUUUCACGCCGCUGAGAGAUUCCGGAAGGGCAAAUCGAGUCCACAUCUAUACCAACUACUCCCUUCGUGAUUGCGGGAAGGCCGGAAAAUACUGCAAGGAGACGUUUGGGCUCUACUAUAAAACCGUUCCGAAAGGAGUCGAUGAUGUUCUCCAGGGCUUCAACCCCAAUCAGAGUGAUUGGACCCUUCUGAGCCGCCUUACCGGUGGAGAACGAACUCGUGAAAACGGUCUGAUGAAAAACGAAGAAGUCCACACCGUGGUCGUCAACGGCUCGAAUGUUCGAUUCGCUUUUCGCGAUACUGGCAGCUGCGUUUCCAUCCUGGCCGUGAAGAUCUACUACGAACUCUGUGCCGAAGAAACCCUCGGCUUCACCACAUUCCCGGAGACCUCCACCUCAGCCAAGGUGUUCGACACGGUCGACGUGAAAGGACGAUGCGUGGAUCACGCCGAACCGGUCCGCGAGGGAGUGCCGCCUAUGGGAAUGUGCCGAGCUGAUGGCCAAUGGAAAACUCCGGUCGAUGGAGGGUGCCAAUGCAAAGCCGGCUACUUUCCAGAGUCCAGGAAUCGGUGCCAAGUUGUC